ACAUUGAACUUGAGCAUUUUUGAAUUUGAAUUCACAGAUACCCCUACCUUUAUUUGCAGUAGUAAUGUUGAAAUUUGUUGCUGGUAUAGUAGGGAGAUUGCACCAUAAAUUGGAUGAUAUGGUACAACAUAAAGUCCACACUAUAGCAAAGCUCCUGGGCCAACCAACUGAUCUAAGCUAUGUGAAGUAUUUUCUGCAUUACUCUCAGAAUAUGGGCUAUUCGUAUACUAUCGUUCAUCCCUUCUACCCCGAGAGAAUUGCAGAUACCAAAGGCUGGAUCUUCUUUCUUAUUCACGGCUGGACACAAAAUAGGACAGCGUGUCCUUGGUUCAAACCAUUGACUGAAUUGCUGCUGAAGAAAUUCCCAGAAUCACACGUAGUCCAGGUCGAUUGGGGUAAACUGGCGGCAUAUAGAUACACGCACGCGGCAUUCCUCACAGAGGCAAUUGGCCACCGCAUAGCCAUCUCAAUUCAGAUCCUAGUCAACAAGAACAAUUUUCCCCUAGGCAAUAUAGUGAUAAUAGGUCACUCGUUGGGAGGCCAAGUUGCCGGUUGGACUGGGAAGUGGUUCUAUAAGCAUACGAAAAAAAAGCUUUCCAGAAUCAUAGCUCUGGAUCCAGCAUCGCCAAUCUUCACGGUUCGUCCGGAAGCCAAGAGACUGAACAAGAACGAUGCCGAUGUUGUCAUGGUGAUUCACACCGAUACGAUAAAUUUUGGCUAUCCUACGAAUUGUGGUACGAUCGACUUCUAUCCGAACGGCCCUAACGUACAGCCUGGAUGUCGGGAUGUUGGUAAAAUUAACGUUUCAGCUGCGACAGAUUCAGCAUGGUGUAGUCAUAGAAGAGCCCAUGAUUUCUUCAUAGAAGCCUUGAAGCGACCUGGAGGAUUUAUAGCGACAAAAUGUGACAACUUCACCAACUAUAAAAAACAGAAAUGUGACCGAAACACAAAAGUUUCAAUGGGCGAUUGGCUGACGAAAGAAACUGGAACUUUCUUUUUGGAAACCGCAGCUGAGCCUCCGUUCAUAAAGAGAUAACAAAUCUGUAUCUACAUUCAUCACAAUAGAUAAUUAUUAUAUAAGUAAAUAAAUGUCUCUUCUAAUUAAUGAUCAUUGUCCGAACAAAAAUGUUCGAACUUGACAGGUUUUGGCUUUACAGAAAGCCACUUUAUUAGAAAAAGUACUAUGCCACAAAUGAAAUAAAAAUAUCGUUUAGUAUUGCCAUGCAGUGAUUAAAGUUAUUGACGAUUGAAUUUUAUUGAAAAUUUCGAAUAUGAGCAAUGAUUAUCCGUGAAAUUAUAGCGUUUGUUUGCCCAAAUAGCAUGAAAAUUAGUUCUUUUUAUAAUUCACUCUUGAUUUGUCAUUAGAAAAGUUCACAUUUCUCAUUAAACGCGUGAAUUCGCUUGGUUCUCCGCUCAUGUAUCUAAUUGAUCUUAGACCGUUUCGUUCCGUGAUUUUCAAAUGAAUAUAAUGAUGAAAUUACGAAGAAUUCAAUUAACAUCAAUAUGCAAGUUGCUCUUGUCAAAAUCUGCACGUUUUUACUCAUAUUUGUAUCGGUGGGUUGCCAAGAAAAUGCGGAGAGAUCCUUCUUUGGGUGGCUGGUAUCGGGUCUCAGUCAUGUCAAGGAUUUUUUUUUCACUCCCAAGAGGCCAAUUACGGAUAAGGACGUAAAUUUUUAUCUAUACAGUCGGAGAAUGGGUAGGAGUACUAACGAAGCAGCUACUCUGUCGGACUUUGCGCUGACUGAAGGAAAAUUUUUCUUUAUUAUACAUGGAUAUAUGUCCGGAAGAAAUUAUUCAUGGUAUAGAGACCUCACACAACAUAUACUAGAAAGAUACCCGGAAUCUUUGGUUGCUCAAGUAUCAUGGGAAAAACUUGCUUUUAAACUAUACACAACCUCAACUAGAUAUACGGAAGAUAUUGGUGGCAAAAUUGCGGAUAUCAUUUUCACCUUAGAAAAACACUAUAUGAUAUCAUCAGAGAGAUUCGUUCUGAUUGGGCAUUCUCUAGGUGCCCAAAUAAGUGGUUGGGCAGGUAGAAUAUACACAAGAAAUACGGGAAAGAAACUCCAAAGAAUCAUCGCUUUGGAUCCUGCCCAACCCUUAUUCAGAGGGGUCUCAGAGCGGAGAAGAUUAAAUCCAAACGAUGCUACGGUGGUCUUUGUAGUCCACACAGAUGGGUUUUUGGGCUUCAUGAACCCAUGUGGAACCAUAGAUUUCUUCGUUAAUGGUGGUCAUUCACAGAAAUGUUGCGUCAAUUCUACCAGGUGGCAGGAAAGGCGAUGAAUAACAGUUUGACUUGCUUUUAGUUUACUGCGACCAUACGAGUGCACACAAGUAUUUCAUCAAGGCCAUUUCCCGACCAAAGGCUUACAUAGGAAGAAGAUGUGUUAAUCUUGCAGAUUGUCGUAAUGGUGUAGUGUUGCUAAUAGGAGAAAAAGUUUCUAUGGGCGAUCUCGAACUGAAAAAAACUGGAUUGUUCCAUGUGGAUACUCCGGAUUGAUCUUGAAAUUCUCAUGUGAUUUGAUGACCUUAUUAUAUUACAUAUGUAGAAAAAUUAUUUGUAUAAAGUUGACAUUAAAAGUAGGAACAUGA